AAUGUUUUGCUUCAAAUGUUACAUGCUAUAAAUUGCAGGUACUAUACCGAUCCAUCUGGCACAUUCUGGCAAUGCAAUGCAAAAGCAAUAGGAUCUGGAUCCGAAGGAGCUGAUAGUUCUCUUCAAGAGCAAUACAACAAGGACCUGUCCCUUCUGGAAGCUGAAACUAUAGCUCUUUCCAUCCUGAAACAAGUCAUGGAAGAAAAGGUAACCCCUAAUAAUGUUGACAUUGCAAAGGUGGCUCCUACUUACCAUCUAUAUACACCUGCCGAGGUUAAAGAUGUCAUUUCUCGCCUUUGAUCGGCAAGGCCAUUUAUCUUGUUAUCUGCGUUUCUUCGUACUUCAUACUACUUGCUAGAUUGCUGUUUAAUUGUGCUGGAUGCUGUGACCUUAUUGUGUUCUGGUUGCUUAUCCACUGAACCAUAUUCCGUUCAAAGAAGUUUAGUAAUGUCAUCUGCAAUUUCUCUAAAAGUUUUAUUCCCUUGGAGUCUAUGCUGUGAAAUUAUAAUAUGUCAUCUCUCAUUUUUCACAUUCGCAGUGAAACAAUUAAUAGCUCACAAAAAAUAGCUGAAGGUUGAAUUUUA